AUAGGUGGUUCUCACGGGAGGAGGAAGCCUGUGUGUGGUGAAUGCGGGUAUUCAGCGGGAUAUGUACGUUUUCUCAGCAUGUAUAUAUGUUAAAAUGCAAUGGGGAAGUAACUGAAAGUAACCGUAUGUGGAUAUUGCAUCGACCGACCUGGAAGCACGUCUCCUUGGAGAGGACGCGCACAGAUAGAGAGAUUCUGUCCGACACAGGGUGAGAUCGCUCCUUUGUGCCACGCUGGACCUCGUGUUUCCUUUUUUUGUGGAAUUUAGCCUGAAAAGGCCUACAAACAUUUCUGUUUUUGCCGCCGACGGGCGCAGGAGCAACAGCCUUGUUUUGUCAAUGAACAAUAGCCUGGAUUAGGCAGUAAAGACACUUGUUGUGUAUCGCAGAGCGGACUGUUUAAUUUUGUUUGUGUUGUUUGGCUGGAAAACUGUCAAUAUAAUGGAUCCAUGCAUGAAAUCUGUCUCCGUUUAUUUUGUUUAAGGAGCAGAUUAUCCGUUUAUUAUUUCUGUUUACCUUUAUAAUAUUAUUUCAUUCAAGAACCCCUUGUGCGUUUAAUUAACACAACUAUUUUAGAUAGUUGAUCGUUACAGCUUUGUUCGACAUUCUUUCAUAAUAUUUCGUACUCUAGCUUUAAAUAUCAUGGCCUAUAAUGUAAGCACAGUUCUAUAUAUUUUUUGACCAAAUGUAUAAUGCAAUGACAGUGAAGUUUUCAUAAUGAGAUUAUCAUAAUGUGUAGGUGGUGUUUUAAGUAAAUGUGUUCUGAUUAUGAUUUAUAGGAGGAUCAAAGUAAACCAACAGCAGGAGGGUCGCAAACAAGUACAGCACCAAUGGUUUGGCUUGAAGAGGACCAUGACGGUCAACCAAUGCCAAAAAGGAGGCGAACUGGAGAGAAACGGAGAUCAACGGAAGCGGAGUUCGGCCACUGGUUUUUGUUUUGUUUGUUGUUUACAUCAAUUGAUUGUAGAUCAAUAAAUUCACAUAUUCUUCAAGCAAGUUAUUAAAUGCAUCUUCACACUUUUGCAGGGGCUUCAAGAUGCGUAGAUCUUUACUCCGUCUACUAGUGGUCAAGAGAGCGAGACUGGGACCAUCCAAAGCUUAGGCUACAAGAGGUACAAUAACUUUUAGGACUUCCUAGUGAAGAACCUCUCUCUUCACAGUGGAAGGAAUGACAAGCAUACACCUUGGAAAAGUGGACGGUGUUAAGGCCUUUUAUGGUUAAUCAGAUGUUAUCUUCUGAGAAACCUAAAGAGGGGGUUUGCUAACACUGUCGACAAAAGGUUGCAGUCGUAACAUGUCAAGAUUGUUUGCCAAGACCUCUUUCCUGCACUGCCUGUGAUGUUGCCAUACAUCAAUCGAGUGUACUUGUAAGAAAUUAAAAUCAAUAUUGAAUGACGUAAUUUAGCUUGAACACACAGUAAGCUGUUUUAUUCUGUUUUUUUAACAGUUCCGGUUAAAGUUUAUUUUGAAAAGCUGUAUUGAAAGGCCAUGCUCUAGGUUUUACAUUAACAUUGAUUACAGCCGUUAAAAUGCAUUAAAUAAAAAGUCAUGAAAGAGUGUAUGAGGAGAAAAGGCGUGGAGUUAUGCAAUGAAUACACAACGUCUAAAUCCUCUGUUUUACGCGAUAUCGGACAUAGAAGAAAGUGGUGGGAGGACCCCCGUCACCGGCCGCCAUUGAAGAGGAGGAGCUCUGAAUGAGAUACAGUCAGAGAACCAACGUGUUCUCGCUCUCCAACGCACCAACUUCGAGAUAACAGCUGCUGUCUCCACUACUCCUCUGUUUGUUUCAUUACCACGCUACUUAAUUAAAGUACCAAAUUGAGCCUUUUCAGAGACUCCAUUAGUCUCUUUAUUUUAAGCUUCUCUCCUGGACGUGAGAACAACGAACACAAUUCAACAUACUCCACAACAGAUCUUCUAUGGUAGAAGGGUUCUUAAGGCCACUGUCACCAUCCACUCACAUCACGGAAGAUGAGGGAGGAAAGUUAUAAUACCAUGAAAGAGGUACUUGUUAAACUAAAAAUCACACAGGACUUUUAUAUUAUAUACUACAAUUAGUAAAUUAGGUUAAAAAAACUUCCUGGGGGAAGAUGUAUUUGAUCAAAAGAUGCUAAUAAUAAAUUAACUAUAACUCUAAUUGACUUUCAAUUGUUGCUUUCUAGAAUGCUUCAUAGCGAUAAUGCAUCCCUGCUGCGAUUGUGCUUCUGGGCAAACAAGUAUUUCCACAGGAAAGGAAGUCAUUUUGAUUGGAAUUAAUGUUAUGAACAUUUCAAGACUUUUUUCUUUGUUUUUUUUGCUGUUAUUUAUUCCGCUUUUGUGCCAGGGAUUCAAAUGCAUUUUAACUCUUUGUCAUACUUAAUUUAAACUAUCAGAUCAGAAAUGUAUGAAACCAUUUUUUUUUUGUACUUGAUACUGUAUCAUAGUAAUUAUUUGUCUCUUUAAAUUUCAGGCAGUACAAUCUGUUCCUUCCACAAAUAAACUGCACCUGUGAAAAUACUUGGUCGAUAGGCAUAGGUGUUCUGGUUUAAAGUGGCUAUCGGCCAGCCACUGUCAAUUUUGAGACCUUGUACGCAGUGGAUUUGUUCACUACCUACAAAGAUCUCAAGAUCACUGCCCCUGGAAUGUCACGGCAAGCUUUUGUCAGCAUGCUCGAACAUCGGACAAAGGUCUUCGGUCGGGUUCAAGAUGCCAAGAGGGUCAAAAACACGACCUGCGUAGGCUGCAAAGCAGUCAUUGGUGUGGCCACCAAGACCUGCAAGUUCUGCAAAACACUGCAGCCGAGAAAGCAACGACUGGUCAAGAAACUGCAGACAUUUUAGGCCAAAAAAAAGAACAAAACCAACUCACAUGUUCUUGAUGAGGCAUCUGUUUUGGUUUAGAAACUGAACACCCUUGGGUAUAGGGCCAUGGUGUUUCUCUCAAAACCAGGGAAAAGGCCUUCCACCUGGAAGACACAUGUUGCACAUCCGAGAUGGCAUCUGUCGGACCAGGCUGCAAAAUGCCUUGACCGGAUGAAGGCUUUAUAUGAGGUGUUAGUAGAUGAUGAGUCAGCCUCCCCCGCCCUCCCUGCAGGCAAGUCCAAGCCUGAAGUGGGCAAGGGCGACAAAGGGAAAGGCAAGGCCCAGAAGGAGAACCCACCCCCUGGUGUAUCAUACAGCUUCACAGAGGCGCAGUAGGAGGCAAUCGCUUGCUGGGUGAAGAGUAAGAAGCUACUGUAUGACAUGAAGGACAAACAGUACAAAGAGAAGGCAUUAAAGACGCACCUAUGGGAGGGAAAGGCUGCGGAGUACAGGUUGGAUUAUCAUUCAAUUCUGAAAUGGUAUCAAACACAGAGGACUCGAUUCUCAAAGCUGCGGGAGGGCCAACCCAAGAAGAAAUCCCAGAAGAGGUCAGGUGAUGGUCUGUCGAGCAGUGACGAGGAAGACCCCAUCCUUGCUGAGGAGGCCAGUGAGAAUGACAGUGACCGUGACAAGUUCAUCCGCCAGGUCUUUGGGUUUCUGAAGCCACACAUCAGACGUCACAACAAGGAAAUACCAGCUAGUUUUAAGGACAAGUUGGCCCUGGCUGAGACGGGUGAGCUGACUGGGAGUGACGACAGUUUUGCAGACAAAUCCAGGGAGCCCAACAAGAAGUACACUGGCUACCCUACACCGAGACCUCCUUCCAGGACAGGAACAGCUGCUGAGGACCAACCCGAGUCUCCGGAGAUGAGAGUUACCGGAGCAUCAUCCUGUGAUCUCCAAGAUAGGCUGGUUCAGUUCAUCACUAGAGAGCAGCCAGUCAACAGGGCCACUCCUUUCUGCAAGUACCUGGAAACUGAACUGGAUCGUCUGCAUGAUGCCUGCCUGGAACCUGCGUAUGAGGACAUCACCACAGUUCUUAACCAUUACCGGAAGAUGUCCAGACAGUUCACGAUGAGGGAAGCGGCUGGUGACCAGAUCAGUCCCUUCGUAGAUGUCCCGUCGGCAUAACAGUCGCAGCAGCAGAGGCCAGUUGCUGUGAACCCAGUCUACACAUCUGCCCUCCCCAGCAGUACCUACUUCUCCGCCAGCAGAGCGGCCUCCUCACCGUCAGCAGAGUUCCAGCCAGGUCCCAGCCAGUGGCCUAAGAACCCACCUCCGGCAUCAGUGUGGAGAUCCCAGGAGUGUGGCUACGUAGAGCAGGUGAACCAGCAGCACAACUUGGAGCAACAGCAGCAGCAUUACCGUACCCUCCAGCCAGCCAGCACUACUAGUCAGGGCUACGUUCCUUCUCCUCGCCAGGCUGCAUUCUUCCAUCUUCCUUCUCAGCAGCAAAUCAGUGGUCCUUGGCAGCUAACACCCCAGCAGCCAGUCCAGGGUCCUCCACCACCUCCUCUUCCAGCUCAGCAGUCCCAGCACAAUGUGACCCAGCACAGCCUCAAUAUCUCAGCUGUACUGCCACAUGACGAAAAAAAAAAAAAAACACACAAACUUGAUUGUAAUAAAAAUUG